AGACUCUGAGAGCAGACAGCAGUGUAGUACAGAGUUAUUAUAGAGUGUAGUAGAGUUAUUAUAGACUGCAGUACAGAGUUAUUAUAGACUGUAGUACAGAGUUAUUAUAGACUGUAGUACAGAGUUAUUAUAGAGUGUAGUACAGAGUUAUUAUAGACUGUAGUACAGAGUUAUUAUAGAGUGCAGUACAGAGUUAUUAUAGACUGUAGUACAGAGUUAUUAUAGACUGUAGUACAGAGUUAUUAUAGACUGUAGUACAGAGUUAUUAUAGACUGCUAGUACAGAGUUAUUAUAGACUGUAGUACAGAGUUAUUAUAGACUGUAGUACAGAGUUAUUAUAGACUGCUAGUACAGAGUUAUUAUAGACUGUAGUACAGAGUUAUUAUAGACUGUAGUACAGAGUUAUUAUAGACUGUAGUACAGAGUUAUUAUAGACUGUAGUACAGAGUUAUUAUAGACUGUAGUACAGGUAUAAGGUCCCUGUGUCUCCUGUCCUCAUGCCUGGUGAUUCUCUAAAGAUGGACUCUCAGCUCUCAGAAGACCCUGCUGAACCCUCAGAGCCCCCCCCCCGGAUGACGAGGCAGCAGGUCCUCACCCUGAUCUCAGUCGCCUCCGUCAACUUCUCCUCCAUGAUCUGCUACUCCAUCCUGGGCCCCUUCUUCCCCACCGAGGCGGUGAAGAAGGGGGCGAGCCAGACGCUCAUCGGGCUGAUCUUCGGCUGCUACGCCGUCUGUAACCUCAUCGCCUCGCUGCUCAUGGGGAAAUAUAUUGUUCAGAUUGGAGCAAAGUUCAUGCUGGUGACCGGACUGUUCGUGUCUGCAGGGUCCACCGUCCUCUUCGGGCUGCUGACCCGGGUCCCGGCCGGCGCCCCCUUCGUGGCGCUCUGCUUCGUGGUGCGUUCGGUGGACGCGGUGGGCUUUGCCGCCGCCUGCACCUCCUCCUUCGCCAUCACAGCUAAAAUCUUCCCCAACAAUGUGGCCACUGUGCUGGGCAGUCUGGAGAUGUUCACGGGUCUGGGUCUGACUGGGCCCCCAGUGGGGGGCUGGUUCUACGAGACUUUUGGGUACGAGGUUCCCUUCAUGGUACUGGGGGGGCUGCUGUUCGUCAUGGUGCCAUUCAACAUCUGCGUGCUGCCCAACAUCCACUCGGAGCCGUCGAAGGACUCCUUCCUCUUCCUCCUCACGAAGCCGAAGAUCGCUCUGAUCUGCUUCGUCAUCUUCACGCUGAGCGCCGGCCUCGGCUUCCUGGACGCCGCGCUGUCGCUCUUCGCCAUCCAGACGUUCGGCCUCUCCUCGGGGUAUGUGGGGCUCAUCAUGCUCGGCCUCUCCCUCCCGUACUGCCUGGCCUCCCCCCUGCUGGGAUUCUUCACUGAUAAAUACCCUAGCAGCAGGCCGUGGCUCAUGGUGAUUGGAUGCUCAACCACAGCGCUCAGUUUCUGCCUGCUGGGCCCCGCCCCCAUCCUCCACAUCCCCAGUCAGCUGUGGCUGCUGGUCCUGAUGCUGGCUGUGAUUGGUUUCUCUCUGGGGAUGACGGCGAUCCCGACCUUCCCCGAGAUCAUCUCCAGUGCACAUGGGCUGGGCUAUGAGGAGGGGCUCAGCACUCUGGGGAUGGUCUCCGGACUCUUCGGGGCCUCCUGGUCUCUGGGGAUGUUCUACGGUCCCAUAGUGGGGGGGCUGGUGACUCAGCACCUGAGCUUUGAGUGGGCGUCCGUCCUGCAGGGGGGACAGCUCUGCUGGCUGCUCUGCUGCUCGCUGUUUACUACCUGAGACACCCCCCCUCACAGCAGAGAAUCGCUUCAGAAAGUCCAACAACCAGCGAACACUUCCCUCUGCUCUCUGAGUGAAGACCGUCUUUAUUUGAUAAAAAUCUUCAAACUAUAUUUUGUCGUUGCAGGGAAUAAAACCAUUUCUAUAAAACUUAAUAUAAAAAUCUGAAUGAACAAAACGUGAAGUGAUAGUUAAGCUGUAGUAAAUGAAACAGUUCAAAUCAAUGAAAUUAUUUUCCAGAUUAAAGCUUUAAUGCAUUUGUUACAACACAGUGAUGCACAAAGGAAACCAUGUAUUCAAUAAGCUUUGAUGACUGAAUAUUUGAAAGGGUGAUGAACAUUAUUUCUAUCUUUGUGGCGAUUUAUUGACAUUAUGAUUUAUUGACAUUAUGAUUUAUUGACAUUAUGAUUUAUUGAUUUAUUGACAUUAUGAUUUAUUGACAUUAUGAUUUAUUGACAUUAUGAUUUAUUGACAUUAUGAUUUAUUGACAUUAUGAUUUAUUGACAUUAUGAUUUAUUGACAUUAUGAUUUAUUGAUAUUAUGAUUUAUUGAUAUUAUGAUUUAUUGACAUUAUGAUUUAUUGACAUUAUGAUUUAUUGACAUUAUGAUUUAUUGACAUUAUGAUUUAUUGACAUUAUGAUUUAUUGACAUUAUGAUUUAUUGACAUUAUGAUUUAUUGACAUUAUGAUUUAUUGACAUUAUGAUUUAUUUGUAAAUAUAUAUUUUACGUUUUUAAAACCUUUCUAAGUAAUACCCUGUGAAAUGAUGAAUAACAUGGAGUUAAGAAUCUUUAAACAUAUUUAGAUUCUUAAAAGAACAUUUGGAAGUUGUUAAAUGAUUUCUCAUCAAUAACGAAUACAGGUUAGUAAUAGCAGUUCAUAAACACCCUUUCUACAGACUCAUAAUUCAGUGCCAUUAUCAAACAGGAUGUGUUGAAUAGUUCCUGAACAGUAAACACACUGAGGGUUAUUUCACCAUCAUUCUUCCUUUUAUUCAUUCGGAUGAUUCUACUUGUAUGUAAAUCCAGUCAUGUAAACAUCUUGUAAUGUUUUAUGAACAGUUUGAUAAACGUGUGAGUUUGACUGCAGACUAUUUAAAGUUUCACACAGUGCUGAUCGAGAGAAGGAGUGAGGGAGGGGAGAGCUGGAUAAAUGCUGCUUUGUUUCUGAGCGGCUUAAAGAUCUUAAAGCAUCAGCUGAUCAACGAGCCGCUCUCUGAGGUUUGAUGAACAACUUUCUGUUGUUUACGUCCUCUAAGCUCUUCCCCUGGCGUCCCACAGGGAUCCAUAUUGGGCCCUCUUUCACUUAUCCGCAAUCCAUUUUCCCGGAGCCUUGUGUUGCAUUCACUGCCGUCUGUGAUUUUAUGUCUCUGUACUGACUGAACUUAUUUGACAAUGUUUUGCACAGAU